UUUCUUGGUCAGUCGAUUAGUUGCAGAGCUAUUACUGAGGACCAUUGUUUUUUGUUGAUCGGCAGUUUUUUUAGCGACCAGUCAGCCAGUUUGCUUUUGCUUUCUCUUUUUCUUUCUCUUUUUGUCUGCGUGGAGGCAUGUUUUUUAGUCAGACUGAACACUUGUGGCAUUCGCAUUUUGCAUUCCGCAGUUUUUGUUGUUGGUAUUUGAAUCUCUUGCGAAAGGGAGGAUGAGCCAGUGCCCGAAAAGGCAGCUAAAUGAAUUGAAUCCCAAGCAGAUCCAGGACAUUAAGAACUUCCUCGAGGUUACCCGCCGCAAGGACGCCGCCGGCGUUCGCGUCAAGAAGACCGGUAAGGUCGUCAAGUUCAAGGUUCGCUGCUCGCGCUACCUGUACACUCUGACCGUCGCCGACGCUCAGAAGGCCCAGAAGCUCCGCCAGUCCCUGCCCCCGGGCCUCAAGGUCGAGGACGUCCACAAGUCGACCAAGAAGUAAAAAGUUUAAAUGUGUAGCAUUGGCGUUGCAAUAAAUGAGUUUCUUUCGACUUUUUUUUGAUAUUUGUGGUUAGUUU